GGCGGAGGGCUAGAGAGGCGAGGGACCCUAGGGAAGUGGCAGUCCGGCGCCUAGGCGACGGGGCGUGACGGGGCUGGAAGGUGGCGGGAGGGGGCCCAGCCGGAGCCGGCGGGAGGGCCAGGCCCGGAGGCCCCCACCCUGGCGUAUCUGCCCCGGCCGCGGCUGAGGAGGAAGAGGAGGAUGAUCUCCAGAUACACUCGGAAGGCGGUGCCACAGAAGUUGGAGCUGAAAGGAAUAGCAAAACAUGCUCUUAAUCAUCAUCCCCUUCCAGAGCAGCUGGAUGAAAUUUCCUCUACCAAUGACAGCCAUGAAAAAGACAUAAGUUCCCAAAGUGAGUCUGACAUCACACAAGAAUCACCUUUUACAUCAGCUGACACUGGAAAUUCAAGGUCUGCUUUUCCAAGUUAUACAGGCACAGGGAUCUCUACUGAAGGCAGCUCGGACUUCUCCUGGGGAUAUGGUGAACUUGAUCAAAAUGCAACUGAAAAAGUCCAGGCAAUGUUCACAGCCAUUGAUGAGCUCUUGUAUGAGCAGAAGUUGAGUGUACAUACUAAGAGUCUACAAGAAGAGUGCCAACAGUGGACAUGUAGCUUUCCUCACCUCAGGAUUCUGGGUAGGCAGAUAAUCACUCCAAGUGAAGGUUAUGGACUGUACCCUAGAUCCCAUUCUGCUGUUUCAGCUUCAUAUGAGGCAACACUGUCUCAAGAAAGAGAUUCUACUAUAUUUGGUAUUAGGGGAAAGAAGUUACAUUUUUCAUCUUCCUAUGCUCCUAAAGCAUCUUCCAUUGCCAAAUCCCCUAGCUUGUGUUCUAUGGAAAGAGAAGAGGAAGACUGUAUAAUCUUCUCUGAAGGAAUAAUAGAGGAAUACCUAGCAUUUGACCACACAGAUAUGGAAGAGGGGUUUCACGGAAAGAAAUCAGAAGCGGCUACAGAGAAACAGAAAUUAGGGUACCCACCGAUUGCUCCAUUUUACUGCAUGAAAGAGGACGUCCUUGCUUACGUGUUUGAUGACGUGUGGAGCAAGGUCCUAAGCUGUAUGGAACAGUUGACACGUAGUCACUGGGAGGGAUUUGCUUCUGAUGAUGAGAGUAAUGUUGCAAUCACCAGACCAGCUUCAGAAAGCCCCUGUGUGCUGAGUGAACCACAGCCUUUGGUCCUACCUCGAGUGCCACAGUCUAAGGUGCUGUCUGUCACCUCAAAUCCGAUGAGUCUCUGUCAAGCAGCAAGUGGUCAUCAGCCAAAUGUGAACGGUCUCUUGGUUCAUGGGAUGCCUCUACAGGCAAGAAAUCUCUCCCUAAUGGACAAGCUCCUAGAUCUUGAUGACAAGCUACUUGUGAGGCCUGGGUCCAGUACCAUCCUUUCAACUCGAAAUUGGCCAAAUCGAGCCCUGGAGCUUAGUACAUCAUUUCUGUCAUAUACAGUGCAGUCCGCCAGGAGACGCAAUCCCCCACCACGUACCCUUCAUCCCAUCAGCACAAGCCAUUCACGCGCUGGAACACCAAGACCUGUGGAAGAAAUCCUCAGAGGAUCCCGAGUCCCAGUGGCAGCCGACUCGCUCUCCUCUCCCUCACCAAUGCCCCUGAGUCGAAAUAAUCUGCUGCCACCUAUUGGCACAGCUGAAGCGGAACACUUGAGCACUGUGGGGCCACAAAGGCAAGCGAAAACCCAUGGCGAUUCCAGUCGAGCUCGAAGUGCAGUGGUGGAUGAGCCUAAUUAUCAGCAGCCGCAGGAGAGGCUCCUUUUACCUGACUUUUUCUCCAGACCCAAUACAACUCAAUCAUUUUUGCCGGAUACACAGUAUCGUCGUUCAUGUGCUGUUGAGUAUCCUCAUCAGGCCCGACCUGGCAGGGGAUCUGCAGGGACAGGUCCUCAGUCACAUGGGUAUACAAAAUCACAAAACAGAGGUGGACCAAUCUCUCGAAACAGGAAGGGACCAUAGGGCAAAUAAGAACCUGCUUCAGGCUGCAGGGAAAGACGUGGGAAGAUUUCACGAAUCAGCGUUCAGUCAUCUCAUGAUGCAGAGCUUGUACCCAAGAGACAACCUGAAACCAUCCUCACAAAGAGUUAUUUUGGUAUAACUGAGAAAAAACAGCAUGAGCCAAAGAUUACAUGUGUACUGUUUCUACCUCCAGUUACUGUCUUCUUUCAGCAUAAGUUAACCAUUCCACUGGACAGUAAAGAUUGUACCCAAAGAUCUGACAAAUAAUUACCCCCAAAUCACUACUCAUGUUGUCUGUUAACAAUGAUCAGUUCAAUUUUUAUAAGAUUCUAUCAGACCAUACAUACACAAAAACUAUCAAGUGAUUGAUAACAUUAAGUUAUCACUGGCUUUGGAAUACUUAUGCUUGUGUUAAUUUCUGGAAAGGUGUUAUUACUUCUAAGUCAUUUUUAGGGGACAGUGCUAUCAAAAAUCUGGGCUACUCAUCAAGGAGAUGUCAUUCAUUCCUCAAGCUUUCUCUUUAGAUGUCCAAUCCUGUAGGCAGAUAGAUAUGGCAAGGGUGAGUAAAGACAUAAAUGCUGAGUACUGGUGUAAAGUAACUCAUGUAAUAAAUCACAGUGCAUUUUUUUUCAGAUAGAACAGCUCAGCCUCAUAACAGCUGCUUGAUACUAGGUUAUGUAUGCUUCUUUUCUUCUUAAAGUACAUUAGUGGUAGUUUUUCCAAAUAUUGAACUCGCCUUGCCAGACUUUCUCCUGCAGGUCUAAGAAAGGCAAUUAAAAAAUUUACAGCAUCUUUCUACUAGUGAGCCAACAAGACACAAUUCCUUAAAAUUUCAGAAACUCUGGCAGUAAGUCCAGUAUAAACACAUCUUAAGAGCAGAGGAAGAGAACUUUGACAUUCUUCUGAUUUUAACAUGAACCUUUCCUGAGUGCACUCAUGAACGCAGCAAUGGUUUUAACUAUGGCUUAAAUUUAUAUUUCAUUGAAUUUUAAUUUUGAUGAUCAUAUCAGUUUAAGUAAGAGCUUAUUGUUAAUCUUCAGAGUUGAUAAAUUCAAAUGAUCAUAAAUUGGGGUAAUUUUUUUAUUAUAUCAAAGUGUUCUAAUGCUAUCUUAUAAAGACAGAUGCUUCAAUCUGCAUUAAAUUAUAUUUUUAAUACAAUUAAAAA